CGCUCUCUGCUUCGCUCUCGCUUGCGCAUCAUUUCUGUACCCGCAACCUGCACCCUCUUUCCGCUCCCUUUGAUAUUUCGGCCUUCGCAACAGGUUGCGCUUUCACCUCCAGGACCAGAAGCACACAACUGAAUUGUUGCCAGUAUCGUCACGAUGGCUGCACUCGCUUCCAAGCAGCAGUCGCUCAAGAUCUUUGAGAAAUUGAAGACUAAGCCUGCGAACAAGAUCUGCUUCGAUUGCGGCGCCAAAUAUCCGACAUGGACCUCAGUCCCCUUUGGCAUCUACCUCUGCCUCGACUGCUCGUCUAACCACCGAAACCUCGGUGUCCAUAUCUCCUUCGUCCGAUCCACCAACCUCGACCAAUGGCAGUGGGAUCAGCUGCGCGUGAUGAAGGUUGGCGGCAAUGAGUCGGCCACUAAGUUCUUCCAGCAGAAUGGAGGUACCGCGGCCCUCAACAGCAAGGACCCCAAGACCAAGUACCAGUCCAACGCUGCUACCAAGUACAAGGACGAGCUGAAGCGCCGCGCCGCAAGAGAUGCUCAAGAAUACCCUGGCGAGGUUGUCAUUGCCGAAGCCACCGAUGCCGACACGUCUACCCCCGCCGGCGAGCCGGACGACGACUUCUUCUCUUCCUGGGAUAAGCCCUCUAUCAAGAAGCCCACGCCCCCCAUUUCUCGCACUUCAACUCCCCCGACCGUCGGCCGAACCGCCUCACCCUUCCUCAACGCCAACAACGGUGCCGGCAUUGCACGAUCCUCCUCGCCCCUGUCCAAGGCCGAAGGCGAUAACAAGCCCACGGCCGGCCGCGUAACCACCUCUGCUGCGCUGCGCAAGACUACGACCUCCACCGGACCCCGUAAGGCCAACAUCUUGGGAGCCAAGAAGGCCCCCAAGCUUGGAGUCAAGAAGGUCACGGCUGAUCUCAUCGACUUUGAUGAGGCCGAGAAGAAGGCCAAGGAAGAGGCGGAGCGCAUCGAGAAGCUGGGCUACGACCCCGAGGCCGAGGAGGAAAAGAAGGCUGCUAAGGUGGAUGUUGUCGCGGCUCCUACUCCCGCCGCCCCCUCGGGUGGAUACGGAUCAUCCAGCCAUACCCGUCAAAAGUCUGACGCCGAGAUGGAGCGCUUGGGCAUGGGCGUUCGCAAGUUGGGCUUCGGCAUGGUUGGUGGAGCCAAGGGUGCUGCCGCAGCGCCCAAGAAGGCUGGAACUGGUGGUUUCGGUUCCGUUGGCCCCAUCAAGGCCAAGACUGAGGAUGAAAGCGAGAACUACGCACGCAGCAAGUUCGGCGCCCAGAAGGGUAUCUCCUCUGACGAGUUCUUCGGCAAGGGCUCUUUCGACCCCAACCAACAGGCCGAGGCGAAGAACCGUCUGCAAGGUUUCGAGGGCGCGACCUCCAUCUCGUCCAACGCGUACUUUGGCCGUCCCGAGGAUGAGCCGCAAGAGGAAUACGGCGACCUUGAGGGCGCCGCCAAGGACUUCAUUCGUAGAUUCGGUAUUACCGCUGGCGACGACUUGGAGAACCUUGGCCAACUGGCCGGCGAAGCCAGCCAGAAGCUGCAGGGUGCCAUCCGCGCUUACCUCGGAAGCUGAGCGACUCGACAUGACACAGUAGCAGCAACGUCAUUGGAGAUGACAGAAAGGAAAUUGGAAUUUCACUUUGCCAUAGAGAUAUAGAAAAGCGGCCAUGUCCCAAGGUCCCCCCCCUCAAUGUUUUAGAGGGACGAAUGCCAUACGCCAGAGGAGGAGAAAGGUACGAAAGCAGAACGUUGGACAACGGCAGGCGGACGCGAAAAAAGGAUACCUUGUGUGCUUUUCAGAGUCUGGGAGGUUGUGGUGUGGGGUCUCGAGGUUGGGACCGGGGGAAAAGACGACGCAUGCUGAGGACCUUUUAUUUUUUUAUUUUGAGAUUUGAGUUGCAUCCCGGCAUAUGAGGGCGUACAGACAGAAAGCCGGCGACGGGGAGUGAUUGACACUUGCUUGGUUGGUUUGGGUCUAAUACAUAAGUAUGAAUGAAUAUAAUUGAGCUUCAUCACUA